AUGAAAUUCUCCAGUCUCCAACCUGGGCUCAGCUCACCUUCACUGAUGGUCCCCAUCUCCACCCCAUUCAUCUCUCUGGAGGCCACCAGGCCCUCCUGCCCUUCCCACCUGGCCAAGUGUUUGAGCACACAGACUAGACGGAACCCCGAUGGCUCCCUCACCAACUCCUCCCAAGCCUGGGCAUCUGGGCAGUGCCAGGGCAAGUCCAACACAGUCCUACCGCCUGGGCCGCACGUACUCCCUGAAUCUUGCUUCCACCACUGUUCCCCUGGCCCCGCUGCAGCCCGCCUUCCUGCCCUGCCUCUCAGACCCUCUCCCAGUGCGCACCAUCUUGUCUUUGCAGGAGAGUCCCUCUUUGCCAAUGCUACCUUCACUAACUGUGUCCUGGUCCCUAUCCCGGCUCCCUCGCAGGGACCCUCUCCUGGCCCAACAGUAGAGGCAGCCACACCCUCAUCCAGCCCCUCAGCCCUCACACUGGCUCCACUACAGCAGCAUUUAACUCACCGGACAAGAAUCUCCCCCCACUUAGGCCACUCGCCCACUGAACAUCCUCACCUUUCAUCUUUGAUCCUUAAGUACCAAAUGCAGUCUUACCUUAGGGCCCAGGAAGCGUUUACUGGAUGCAGGACGGAGAAUGGAUCCUCUGAGGGGGCAAAGGUUGUGCCUUUCACCCUUCCACAGGCUGGACAGUGUCUUCAUCAACCCCGUGGGCUCACUUCUGUUAUGUAG